AUGACUGUUGCCACAGGCGACCCCUCUGACGAGGCGGCCGCACACCCAGGGCACCCCCAGGACUAUGACCCGGAGGCUGACCAUGAGUGUUGUGAGAGGGUGGUCAUCAACAUCUCGGGGCUGCGCUUUGAGACACAACUCAAAACUCUCUCCCAGUUCCCAGAGACUUUGCUGGGGGACCCCAAAAAGAGGAUGCGGUACUUUGAUCCACUGAGGAAUGAGUACUUCUUCGACAGGAACAGACCCAGCUUUGAUGCCAUAUUGUACUACUACCAAUCAGGGGGCAGGCUAAGGAGGCCGGUGAAUGUCACCCUUGAUAUUUUCUCAGAGGAGAUCCGUUUCUAUGAGCUUGGGGAGGAGGCCAUCGAGAUGUUCCGAGAAGAUGAGGGUUUCAUUAAGGAGGAGGAGAGGCCUCUUCCUGAUAAUGAGUUUCAGAGACAGGUGUGGCUGCUGUUUGAGUAUCCAGAGAGCUCAGGUCCUGCUAGGAUUAUUGCCAUAAUCUCUGUCAUGGUCAUCCUGAUAUCUAUAGUCAGUUUCUGCUUGGAGACCCUUCCUAUUUUCCGCAAUGAUGAGGAGGAAAUGCACAAGUCUCAUGCGGAAGUCUUUUCACCUGAGACCAACACCACUAUUAUCAGCUAUACAUCCACCUACUUCACUGACCCCUUCUUUAUCCUGGAGACACUUUGCAUUAUAUGGUUCUCUUUUGAGUUUCUAGUGCGCUUCUUUGCCUGCCCUAGCAAAGCAGGUUUUUUUGGUAAUAUAAUGAACAUUAUUGAUAUUGUUGCUAUCAUCCCCUACUUUAUCACUCUUGGCACAGAGCUAGCAGAUAAACCGGAGGAUGGCCAAGCAGGUCAGCAAGCCAUGUCCUUAGCCAUUCUCAGGGUCAUCCGUUUAGUACGAGUCUUUAGAAUUUUCAAGCUCUCACGUCACUCCAAGGGGCUUCAGAUCUUGGGCCAGACCCUGAAAGCCAGCAUGAGGGAGCUGGGUCUUCUCAUUUUCUUCCUCUUCAUAGGGGUCAUUCUGUUCUCCAGUGCUGUCUACUUUGCUGAAGCAGAUGAACCCGAGUCACAGUUUGAAAGCAUCCCAGAUGCCUUCUGGUGGGCUGUGGUAUCUAUGACAACGGUUGGCUAUGGUGAUAUGGUCCCUACUACCAUUGGUGGCAAGAUUGUGGGCUCCCUCUGCGCCAUUGCAGGUGUGCUGACCAUUGCUUUACCUGUGCCUGUCAUUGUCUCCAACUUCAAUUACUUCUACCAUCGUGAGACUGAAGGUGAAGAACAAGCCCAGUACCUGCAGGUCAAUGUUCCCAAAGCUGAUUCAGCUGAGGAGCUGAAGAAGAGCAGGAGUGGCUCCACCAUCAGUAAAUCAGACUAUAUGGAGAUCCAGGAGGCUGUUAACAACAGCAAUGAGGACUUUCAGGAGGAGAACCUUAAGACAGCUAACUGCACACUGGCCAACACAAACUAUGUCAACAUCACCAAAAUGCUCACAGACGUGUAGUCAUAUGCUGUUUUUUUCCCCGUCACUGUGGGAAAUGUGGAGCUGAGCAACUGGAUGGGACAGGUGUACAGCCUCCCCAUCUCACAUGUGCUGGAAUAUUAAGGCAAUAGGCAAUAUCAGGAUGUUCUCGUCAUUUUAAGAGAGAGACCUAGAAAAAAAAAUUACAAAGACCAUAUGCUCACCCCCCUCCCCAUCCUCUCUUCACUCCUCACAUCUUGCCCUUAACUCCUGGCAGCAUAACUGUCAAUCAGUGUGAAGAUUCAAAUUUUGCAUUUAGAUUUCUGCAUGGAGUUGGCUUUGUCUGUGUGGCUGUUUAAAAGCUAAAUACCUAAUAAUUUCCUGCGCACAACAGUAGCCAACAGUAGUGCACAAAAAGAAGAAAAAGGGAGAAACUUAGUAGGAUAAAAAAAAAAAAAAAUCAAAAUUUUGCUUCCAGAAAAAAACAACAACAACACAAACCCUGCUUUAGUCCCCUAUCCCUUGGUCCCUCAUUUCCCAAGGCACACUGCUCUGCCAUGCGCUUCUGAAGAGCCCUAUUUGCGUGCUACAUAUGCUGCUUCCUGGAGCCAAUGAAACAAAACUGUUCAGUGGUUAACGACUUAGAGAUAAAAGGAUGUACGAGCAUAAAGCAAGCACACUCCGAUGCUUUGGCCUGUGGGUGACUUGUGACGAGAUUGGUAGUAAAGUACUCCACUUUAUUUCAAGGAUGAAUGACAGCCAUCAGCACUAAGCUUAUGGUUCGACACCUUUUCUUCCCAGUAGACAUCAGUAUCUGAUGAAUGACUGAGAAUGGCCUUGACUUUUCACUGCUUUGGUCUUACAUGGUUUAUGUACUGCAAUGCAAGCUUUCCCCUUCCAUUCACCCAAACUGGUCUUACUGCAGAGCUUUGAGGACAACUUGAAUGUUUAUUCCUAUUUCAUUUGUUUUUCACAAUUUCACACAUACUUACUCAUAUAGAUAGGUAGGUAAUUGUGACUUAACUGAUACUGUAGUUAGAUAGGUACUUUUACUAGGAAAUGUAGACAGUAGAUUACUGCAUGACAUUCUUAUCUGAAUAAGAAUUUUCACUUGUUUCACUACUGCCAUAUUGCUUCAGCACACCACUGUAUAUUGUCUGUACACUGCCCUCUUUACAAUCUUAAGUCCACUUAUACAAGGAUGUCUGCAGUUAGCUGUUUCAAGAACCUAAAGCAUAUGUUAGAGGGUUUCUUAAGGGAUAAUUAUAUGACCAAUCCUGCACUUAACAGGAUGUGGUGUCCUUUGUCUAGAAAUUCAAUGUGAACACAACAUUCCAUGUAGAAGUCAUUGCCAUUAUCUUUGCCAGGUUGCUGCACAAAUACUGCAGCUGAGCUGUGAUUUCCGGCAAAUGCAUUAACUUAUACUCCGGUUUUUAACGUUAGUCCCAGUUACAGAAGUAAUAGGCUCGCACUGUUGUCUUCUUCACAGCUUUGUUACAUGAGCAUGUCUAAGCAAUCAAAAUGACAACUUUUAAGGACUCGUGUAUAGAAUUAUGCUUCCCCUUAACUGCCUUUAUCAAAAUGGGUUUACUCUCCUAGUGUUGCAUGACCUCAAAACAUUCCUAGAAGCAUGCAUUUAAGCUCAAAGAAGAAGACUCUGAGACAAAAAAAAAUCUACAAUGAAUACAAUAGAUAUAUUUAUUUCAAUAUAUAGAAAUAUAUAUAAAUAUAUAAACAGUACACAUACUUUAUCUGAGAAAUAAGGGAAAGGGAGAGCUUUUAAACAAUACGCAGACCAUUGCCAUGUUUUUUUGUUUUGUUUUGUUUUGUUUUUUAUUAGAAUAUCACUGAUUUGCUCUGAGCUCUGUUCCUGUAGCCCUAUUUCAGAGCCUGUACAGACAGAGUGCCAAAGACACACUCUUACUAGCCACUACACCAUCAGUUUCUUGACCUACAAUACUGGUAUCCAGCAAACCUAACAGUCAUCACUUACUCGGUUUGAGACUGCCUUUAGUGAAGCAGUUGCUGAGAGCAGAGGGCGAUGUUAAAACUGUACCUUCCCUACCCAGUUUCAGAAUCUUGAAUAAUCAGGAUACUUGUAACCACAUGGGCUUUGCCCAGCUGGUUGUGUCUGAAAGGCGUUUUAUUGGUCAGAAUAUAAUUUCUCUUUUUCCCCAUCCCCUGAGAAGUCACUAACACUAGGCCCGGAAUCAGUCAGACAUUUUUAAAAGUUGGCACUGAAUGUGAAUCAGGGCCAGAUUCCAGCAGAGAUUUCACCAUUUGCUCAACACUGCCAAGGUAAUCGUCAAAGGCAGUAACAUCAAUAUGAAAGGUGAUAAUUAGCAGUAGUGUAGCAGAUAUUGGCUAACUGUGGUGUCCUCUGACCUCACUCUGUCUUCUCAUAGAUGUAACUGGAAAGGUGAUGGAUUAGGAGAAGGUCUGUAGCAAGAAAUGACUAAUUAAGCUCUGUCAUUUUUAACUUUAUGGGUAAAUAUUGUCAAAUACAAUACCACCAGGAUGUACAUCUUGAUUCUUAGGAUUUCAUUCUGCAGACUACGGGCUUAAACCUGCAGUAGCAAAAUAUUUUAUACCAUUGCUGCCAUUAUGUGCUCAGGUUGCCUCGUUUGACCGGCCAAGGCACCGAGGCGCCUGACGUUGUCUCUCUGUCCGAUCCAUGUUGGCUCUCAUGUCUUGAAAGGACAAUUGAGACUUUUAGUAAAUGAAACUGAAGCCAUUGUAUUUACUGCUUUCCCAAGAGUAGCAUAAAGAUGGACUGAGAGGUUAAAAUGGGGCCGGAGUCCCACUUGUGUGAAGGGUCAGGGUGAGCUUCUUUCAAGAGUUAUCAAGCAAUAUUCCCAUAAUUCCUUGAUGGUGGGUGCUGUGUGGUGACAACAUAAGCAUGGAGAUGGAAAUUAUAUUCAAACUUUUCUGGCACCAUAAACACUAGACCUCUACACUGUCCAACCAAGGUCUUACUGAUCGUCAGUUUAGUUCAUGUGGGUAUGCUGAUGCACUAUGUGGUAGUUUGCACUGUGUGUGUGUGUGUGUGUGUGUGUGUGUGUGUGUGUGUGUGUGUGUGUGGUGAGUGAAAGAGAGAGACAGAGAGAGAGAGCCCACCUCUGAAUGUCAGUAUCUUAGCCUGGUUGUACAGCUGCAUCUAUGUGACAAUGCACAACCACUUGCAUGUCUGUGUAUUUAGGAGAAAAAAAAAAAAAAAAAAAAAAAAAAAAACAUGAUCACAGUAUGACCAAAAAGACUGAAUUGUCUAUGCAUGCAAGUGCAUUGUAUUUUCUUUCAAUCAUUCCUUUUUGCAGACAGAUAUUCAUGACACACAUCUACAGACAGCAUGUUUAUCUGUUAUGUUUGGAAUUGGCCGUGUCACCUCAGUCAAAUUUACUGUAGCAGCUCGUACUGGAAUACACAAUAUUGUAGUUGAAUAUCAAUAAUUAUUUCUCCUCCAAGCACAGGGACAAGUAGAACCACCCUGCCGUGCUUGCAGAUGUAAAAUGUCUUUAUUCCAUGAAAACAAAGUAAAUUGAAAAGCUCUUGUAUUGCUUUAUAGGGAGCACCACAGCCUCUAAAAUAUAACAUCCCUCAACUGCUGAGGGACCCACCAGCAAAUCCACACCAUGAGAAGGGUGCCCAACAGUGAAUACACUGAGAAAUCUAUGCAGAGAAUGAAUAUUAGCUAGUAGUUUGGGAAAAAAGAGGGUUUAAGGAAGGAGUUGUGUGUUUUAUUUAGCACCAAUUACAUGUCAGCCCUGAGAGCUGGCAGUGCAUUUCAAAUUAACCCGGAAAGAAACAUGAACUUGAAUAUGCAAAAGUAGGAUUGUUUUUGCUGUAUGGUAAACACUCACACAUGUUAGCUGAAUGUGAAUAUGACCUUUCCAAAGUUUGGGUUUGUUUGAAUUGCACUAGUCUGUGAGCUCCAUGAGACAAGGCCCAUCUGCUCUCACAAAGAAAGUCUGAAAGCUGUACAUUUUCCAUUUUCAGUAGAGAGGCAGACUCAUAUAAGGAACCAAGUCGAUCAAUAUGCAAUCUGUGUGCAUGUGUGUUUUUGAGAAAGCGUUUCUUUUUUGUUUGACCCAAGAGCCUGACAGUGUGGCAUCCACUGAAAUAAUAUGUACAGUUGCUCACCUCACCCCGAUCCUCCCCAUAUCACGGAGGCCUAAAAUCAUUUAUCAACUUUUGGUACAGUGGAUGAUGGAUUUUCUUUCUAUGAAAUGAAAUGUGAGGGAAAUAAUGUACAUAACAACGAUGGAUUUUGGAGCAAAACAUGUACUAUACUGUAUGUGAAGUCUGGAUUUAAAAAGUAGUAUUAAACUGCACUUUACAUGACCAAAAGGACAAUCUAUGGACAAGAAAAAAAAAAAUGUCAAAAAUUAAAAUGCAUAUAAUCCUUCCAAAUGAUCAUAACCAUGACAAAGUAAUAUCAAUAAUGAAGCCAAUAAUAAUUCAGUCAAAGUUGGGCUUAGUGUGUUUAUUGUGUUCAAUGUCUUCAAUCCUGAAUACUACAC